AAGACCUGCAGUAUCUGCCAGAUGUUGCUUCCAAAUUUGUGCAGUUUUGCAUCACAUCAGAGGAUACAUCAGCAUAAAUCUCCAUAUACAUGUCCUGAAUGUGGGGCCAUUUGCAGAUCAGUCCACUUCCAAACUCAUGUCACAAAGAAUUGCCUGCAUUAUACAAGAAGAGUUGGAUUCCGCUGUGUCCACUGCAACGUGGUAUAUUCUGACGUGGCUGCACUCAAGUCCCAUAUUCAAGGUUCUCAUUGUGAAGUCUUCUACAAGUGUCCUAUUUGCCCAAUGGCAUUCAAAUCAGCACCCAGCACCCAUUCCCAUGCCUAUACACAACAUCCUGGAAUCAAAAUAGGAGAGCCUAAAAUAAUAUACAAAUGUUCCAUGUGCGACACAGUGUUUACCCUGCAGCCAUUGCUGUAUCGUCACUUUGACCAGCACAUUGAAAACCAGAAAGUAUCUGUCUUCAAGUGUCCGGACUGCUCGCUGUUGUAUGCACAGAAACAACUCAUGAUGGAUCAUAUUAAGUCUAUGCAUGGGACACUGAAAAGUGUUGAAGGACCACCGAAUCUUGGUAUCAAUUUGCCAUUGAGUACAAAGCCUACCAUCCAGAAUUCAGUCAGUCACAAUAAAGAGGACUCAAAAUCCAUCAAUGGGACAGAAAAAGCAGAGAAGAAUCCCCCCACUUCUGUGAAGAAAGCAGAGCCCAAAAAAGUGUCUAAUCCUGGCUGGACAUGCUGGGAAUGUGAUCGGCUGUUUACUCAGAGAGAUGUUUACAUAUCCCACAUGAGAAAAGAGCACGGAAAACAAAUGAAGAAACAUCCUUGUCGUCAGUGUGACAAAUCAUUCAGUUCAUCGCACAGUCUUUGCCGUCACAAUCGUAUCAAGCACAAAGGCAUCAGGAAAGUUUACACCUGCUCGCAUUGCCCGGAUUCCAGAAGAACUUUUACUAAGCGAUUAAUGCUAGAAAAACAUAUUCAGUUGAUGCAUGGCAUUAAAGAACCUGAUGUGAAAGAAAUGGCAGAAUCCACUAACAUGGGAGAAAGUGAAAUCAAGGAAGACACGAAGGUUCCCAGUCCAAAGCGUAAAUUAGAGGAGCCCGUGUUGGAAUUUAGGCCCCCUCGAGGGGCCAUCACCCAGCCGCUGAAGAAGUUGAAAAUCAAUGUUUUUAAAGUUCACAAAUGCGCCGUCUGUGGCUUCACAACCGAGAACCUGCUUCAGUUCCACGAACAUAUUCCCCAGCACAAAUCUGAUGGCUCUUCCUAUCAGUGCAGGGAAUGCGGUCUUUGUUAUACGUCCCAUGUCUCUUUGUCUAGGCAUCUCUUCAUUGUCCAUAAGCUGAAGGAACCUCAGCCUGUUUCGAAACACUUACCGAGACCUCUUCUGUUAGUCGUCCUCUUGUUCGGGUCGGGACUCCUCCUUAGAGAAAAUUCUUGA